UUGUACCUUGCCAAAUAUUUAUUAGCUCUAGCAGUCUUUUGAUGGAGUGUUUGGAUCUUCUAAGUAUAGGGUCAUAUUGUCUACAAACAGUGAUAAUUCGACUUAUCCCUUCUUGAUUUUUAUCCCUUGUAUUUUGUUCUCUUGGCAGGCAACACUUUUUGAGUCUUUAGAGGAAAUACAAGAUAAUGUACAUAAGUCAUCUAUACUAGGACUUAACAUUCUAGAUAAUGUUUUUCCUUUUAAAAAACAUACAAAAUGUAGAAAGUUAAUGUAAACAUUCCACAAGCAGAGAAUUGACAUGUAAGUUCCUCAAAUAGCCAUCAGAGAUGACUUCAAGAUCCUGGGAUUCACUGAGUGGCUUUUCAGAGUUACAGGUGACCAUGGCAUUUGAAUCUACUAUGAAGCCCCCCAUUUGUUUAGUGGAAAACAGGAAUGAGCAGCUGACAAUGAAUUCAGAAGACUUGAGAAUUCUUGACAAGAUAUGUCAACCUGUGGUGGUGGUGUCCACUGUAGGGACAUAUCGUACGGGGAAAUCCUACCUCAUGAAUCAUCUUUCAGGACAGAAUCAUGGCUUCCCUCUGGGUUCCACAGUGAGGGCUGAAACCAAGGGCAUCUGGAUGUGGUGUGUGCCCCACCCCAGCAAGCCAAACCACACCCUGGUCCUCCUGGACACUGAGGGCCUGGGAGAUGUGGAAAAGCUAAGAUCCCAGCUAUGUGACUGAACUAACACAACUAAUCAGGGCAAAAUCUGACCCCACACCAGAUGAAGUAGAGGACUUCUCUGAGUUUGUAAGUUUCUUUCCAGACUUUCUUUGGACUCUUCGAGAUUUCACACUGGAACUGAAGUUGGAUGGACACCCCAUCACAGAAGAUGAGUACCUGGAGAAUGCCUUG